AUGCCGACCCUUUCGUUGAUCAAUUUCAACAUUGUCUGCGCUACGUUGGGUGGGUUUAUCUCGGUAUUUGGCUUAGUGUCCUACUUGUUUAAGGAGAGAUUUUACCUGUCUGAAGCAUUAAUCUCAUUAUUGGCCGGGGUUCUCUUCUCUCCACAUGCAGCCAAUUUCAUAAGACCUAAGGAAUAUGCGCUCGGCUCAGAACAAAAUCUGGAGGAGAUUACAAUGUACUUCACCAGGUUAGUUCUUGGGGUUCAGUUGGUACUUGCCGGGGUCCAACUUCCGAAACGCUACCUGCAACUAGAAUGGAAGAGCCUCUCAUUGCUGCUGGGUCCCGGCAUGGCUGCCAUGUGGCUAUGUAGUAGCCUGGUCAUUUGGGCCAUGGUCCCUAACUUUCAGUUUCUACAUGCUCUCAUAAUUGGCGCAUGUGUAACUCCGACUGACCCAGUACUUUCCAAUUCGAUCGUCAAAGGCGCCAAUGAUGGCCUCGGAUAUCCCUUUCUCUUUUUUGCUAUGUAUCUGCUCAAAUACACGGGCAUGGGAGGUGCAGGGUAUAGUGGAGGCGCCGGGAAAGCCAUGGCCCUGUGGUUCUACGAGACCUGGGCUUACACAGUGAUAUUAAGCGUUGUAUAUGGGAUCACUGUCGGUUGGGUCUCCAGAGAAUUGCUUCACUGGGCUGAAGAGAAGCGUUAUGUCGACCGCGAGAGUUUUCUCGUCUUUGCUAUUGCCCUUGCACUUUUUAUUGUGGGUACCUGUGGCAUGAUUGGAACAGACGACCUCCUGGCCUGCUUUGUAGCAGGUAAUGUUUUUACUCAGGAUGAUUGGUUCCGUCUCGAAACGAUGGACGAUUCGCUACAACCAACCAUUGAUAUGCUUUUGAACUUGGCAAUCUUUAUGUGGUUCGGUGCUGUUUGCCCAUGGUCCUCCUUUCUGAACAACAAUAUUAUUCCAAUAUAUCGCUUGAUAUUCUUGGGGGUCUUGAUCCUGCUCGUUCGCCGGAUGCCAAUCAUCUUCGCAAUGCACAAGUAUAUCGGCCAAAUCGAGCACCUUCUUCAAGCAGCCUUUGUUGGCUUUUUCGGUCCCAUCGGCGUCGGAGCCAUUUUCUAUCUAUCGGUCUGCCGAGAAUUUCUACAGGGUAUCAUCGUUGAUGGCAAAGUCCGGGAUGAUGCACAGAAGGUUUCCGAGGCUGUUGAUGUUGUCGUCUGGUUCUUAUUUCUAACAGAUAUGCAGGUUGUGCAUGGUCUUUCUAUACCGUUGGUGAAAGCGGGAUAUCAUCUGCCGCGGACCAUUUCCAACGCACUGAGUGUUGGUUCCACGCCCGAAGCAGAGCCGGUGCCGAUCGCAAACGUACAGCAUACCCACAGCACUGCAACACAAGACAACAACCGAGGGCGUAAACGGCCCGGCGCACCUCGGUCUACGACUUUGCAGAUAGGCCGGUCCAUCAUAAGACCACAAUCGACGGACCAGCGGCAACUAGGUACAAACCAUGAAGGGGAACCCGAAAGACCUGUAAACUUGGUAGUGCAGGAACCUGACAAUGAGCCUACCUCAGGCAGCAAUACACUGGGAGCUACGGAGUAG